AUGGAUAAGGAGUUAGAUAUCAAUCUAAUUAAAAGAUUUAUAGAUGUUGAAGUACCAACCAACAGCGAUCGUGUAUUGAGUUACUAUAAGCAACUCAAGAACAUUCUCACCGUGUUGAGCAACAAGCAGAUUGGUGGCACCACAGAGAACCAUCAACAGAUUGUUGAAACGAUCGAGAGCAAGAUGAAGCACAUUGAAACAAAGUUUGGUCAACAAAUAGACUUGCAUCAAAAUCAAGGCCAACAACAACAACAACAACAAGCAUUGUACAACUAUGGUGGCGAUGAUCACCAUAAUAAUAAUCAACAAGAACCAGUUGUUGUAGUUGAUGUCAAUAAGCAACAACAACAACAACAACAACAACAACAAUCAACAACAAUAGUACAACAAACACCAGUAAUAUUCAAUACUUUACAAACGGGAGCAGCUGAUCCAUUGGCAGCUGCCAAAAGAAGACAUCAUUCCUCAUCAUCUUCAUCACAUCAUAAUCGUCUUGGACCACCAGAGAUCCCACCCGAAGAGAUUGUAUUUGACCCCAAGGUAGACCAUCUCGGUGGUGGUGCCUAUGGCAAGGUGUAUCGUGCCACGUGUCGUGGUAAAAGGGUUGCUGUGAAGGUGCCAAAGAAACAGGUUCUAAGUGAUUCUGAGAAGAAAGCAUUCCUCGUAGAAGUCGAAAUCAUGAAACAGAUAUUCCACCCUAAUGUUGUUCUCUUUCUGGGUGCUUGUACCAAACCUGGAAAGAUUAUGAUUGUCAGCGAACUAAUGCAAUCCGAUCUCGAAAAAUUAAUCCAUUCUCCCGAUUCUGAACCUCCUUCCCUUUAUCAACGUAUGAAAAUGGCUAGUGAUGCUGCAAUGGGAAUGAAUUGGCUUCAUGGCAUUUGUAAUAUACUUCAUAGAGAUUUAAAAUUGGCAAAUUUAAUGAUUGGUAAAGACAAUACGGUCAAGAUUACAGAUUUUGGUUUCUCACAAGUCAUCAAGACUGGCACUAAUUUGGUUGAUCAACGUGGUCCAAAGGGUACAGCACUCUACAUGGCACCAGAGGUUAUGAUGAAACAAGAGUUUAAUGAAAAGGCCGAUGUUUAUAGUUUUGGUUUGAUUCUUCAUGAAUUGGCAACAUGCGAGGAAUUAUUCCCAGAGUAUUCUGAAAUUGAACCUUUCUCUGAUGCAAUUUGUAAUAAAAGAAUAAGACCACCAAUUCCAUCAAACAUUCCACGAUCAUUAUCGGUAUUGAUGCAAAGAUGUUGGGAUCAUGAUCCAUCGGUCAGACCACCAUUCUCAGAGGUUGUAGAAAAAAUGAACGAAGUGUUGAUCGACAUUGGCAUUGGUGAUGCAACAGCUGCCGACUUUUGGAAAUCAAACUUUUCAUCGACCCCAGAAGAAGUAAAAUGGUCGGAAUUUGCAUUUAAACUAUCUCAAACUACCAAUAUUGAUAUUACCCAAAUUAAACCUUUGGCUAGAUUAUUUUUAUCAAACGAUGAUGAAGAUAAUGGAUUAGUUAAAAUUGAAAGAUUUGAUUUAAUGAAUAAAUGGUUUGGACCAUUUUAUUCAAGACAAACUGGUGGAUUGAUAGUAAACGAGAUGAACGAAUUGACUAGAAGAAAAUGGUUCCAUGGAGAUAUUAGUAGAGAUGUCUCUGAAAGACGUUUACGCGGAAGACCAGAAAAUACAUUUUUAAUUAGAUUGAGUUUGAAUGACCCUCUCAAGACCCCAUUGACCAUUUCAAAGAUCAAGGCAUCCAAACCAACUCACAAAAGAGUGUCGAGAGAAGAAGUGCCACAAUCAUCAGAUUUCCCAAUGGGACUAAAAUUCCUAGUACCAGUCGAUGGAAACGAUUUGGUAUUUAAUAGUAUCACAUCAAUGGUCGAUCAUUUGAAAAAUAUUGGUAAUCUUGGUCCAGAAGGUCCCCAAUCUGAAAUUAAAGUACCAUAUAUUAAUGAUUAA